AUGGAGGCGGGGAGGCCAGCCACAGCACAGCACACCACACUGUCCAUUAACUAUCCACUAUCCCUCAAACACCCUCUCAUCCAGGUGGUCACACCCGCCAGUGGGCGGUGCAGGCGGUGGGGGUGCUGGACGGGCAUGGGGGAGGCGAGGCCAGCCAGCUCGCCGCCUCGUGUCUCCUUCCCUCCCUGCGCGCCAGACUCUCCGCCCUGCCUCAUUCCUCCAGCUAUUCACCACCCCACCCCACCCAUUAGCAAUCUACUAUUCUCCAAACCAUGGGCGGUGCAGGCGGUGGGGGUGCUGGACGGGCACGGGGGAGGCGAGGCCAGCCAUACCAAACCAUUUGUUGACUAUCUGCCAUCCUCCAAUCAUUUCUCACCCUCCAUCCAGAUGGCUGCACCCGCCAGUGGGCGGUGCAGGCUGUGGGGGUGCUGGACGGGCACGGGGGAGGCGAGGCCAGCAGCAGCUGGACGAGAUCGUGGGAGGGAUGGUGAUGGGAGGGAUGGUGAUGGGAGGGAUAGGCGUGAGGAUGGGAGGGAUGGUUGUGAGGGCGUGGGAGGUGGCAAGAGGCGUGCGGGUUGUGCUGGCGAAGGGACAGCAGAGGAGAGAGGGAACUGCAAGGAGGAGGCGGAGGAGGGUGAGGAGACCGAGAUGGAGUGGGAGGAGCAGGAGAGAGCGAGAAAGCGGGUGCUUGAAGGAGUGUUAGCAGGCGCUCUAGAGGAUGUGGAUACGGAAUUCGCACAGCGCUCCAGUGUUGGCACUUUGGUCUGGCUCCACGGCUGCUGUGGCCCUCCUUGUCUACUACUGCUUGCUGCGCACUUCCCCAACCAUCCCACCCAUUUGCUCCCCACUUCCGUUUCCCUUGCUCACUAUCAUGCUCCCUCUCACAGGAGGCCCGCAAGCACCACUGGUGGUUUGGGUCCGCGGUUGCUGUGGCUCUCCUUGCCAUUCAACCUCAUCUGCCACCCUACUGUGUGCAAUGCAAUUCACUCCCCCUCACUAUCAUGCUCCCUCUCACAGGAGGCUCGCAAGCACCGCUGGUGGUCCGGCUCCACGGCUGCUGUGGCCCUCCUUGUCUUCCACCGCCUGCUGCCCUCGCCUCCUUGCUGCCACCCCCACCACACAUGCCCUACUCUCAACGACAACCCCACCUGCUACCAGCACUCGUGCUCUCCUGAUCCAUGCAGUGUCAGCCAAGAACAUGCGGCAGUCACAUGCGGCAGCUCCCACUCGAUUUCAUGCAGUGUCAGCCAAGAACAUGAAACUGAGUGGGAGCUGCCGCACGUGGCUUCUGAGUCGACUCACAAGCCACCCAGCCACCACCAGCACUCAUGCUCUCCUGAUGCACGCACAGCUGUCCAAGAAGAUGAAACCGAGUGGGAGCUGCUGCACAUGACAGUGGCCAAUAUAGGGGACUCUAAGGUUCUAGUCUGUGGCAAGGGGGAAAGGCAUGGUGGGUGGGUGGUGGGGGGCCGCGAGAGGCAUACAAGUGCAGCAGGGGAGGAGAAGCAGAUGAGUCCAGAACGACGAGGUGUGAAAGAGGGUGUGCUGUACGGGAAUGUUAAGGAGCAGGGUGUGUUGGCGACCAGUGAUGGGAUGAUGAGGCAUGUCCAGGACCCGGACUCCAAGGCACAUGCCAUUGCUGCAGCAGCAGGGGUCCAUGAGUGGACGUGGCCGAUAAGCGGUGCUAUGGACAGGGGCAGGCAGCCUGUUUCGGUGUUCUAUUCGUCCUACCCACGCCCACUAUUCCCACCUCGCUCACAUUCAUCUCCCCAUCCGCCCCUUACAACAUCUCCCUCUCCUGCCGCAUCCUCCUUUCCGCUCCCUCUGACAUCAGAGCCUCGUCGCUCACAUUCAUUUUCCCAUCCGCCCCUUGCAUUUUCUCCCUCUCCUUCUACGCUCCCUCUAACAUCAGAGCUUCGUCGCUUGGCGGUUCUGCAGAGACGGAAGCAGCGCCUUCGCGAGCAGCAGAGGCGACAUGCGCUGGUGAAGUACAAACCGCAGGAGCAGCAGAUGCAGAGGCAGCAGCAGCAGCAGCAGCAGCAGCAGCAGCACGAGCAACAGAAGCAGCAAAGGCAGGCGUUACCCAUGCUCCACGAGCAGCAACAGCAACAGCAGGAGAAGCAGCAGCAGGAGAAGCAGCAGCAGGAGAAGCAGCAGCAGGAGAAGCAGCGGCUGGAGAAGCAGCAGCUGGAACGGGAGCGUUCUGCCUCAUUGUGCACGACAGAGCUGACUGACGACCACAGGGCGGACAGAGAGGAUGAGAGGAGGCGCGUGGAGGCGAUGGGGGGGAGAGUGGAGGAGCGGGGCGGGGUGGCGCGCGUGCAAGGCGAGCUGGCUGUGACUCGCGCCCUUGGGGACCUGCAGUACCGCCCGUGGGUGGUGCCCACGCCUGAGAUCACUGAAUGGCUGGUUAGGCGUGAAACGUCCAGGCGUGGGGCAAGGGGGGCAUGUGUGGGAGGUUGCGGGGUGGAUGGGAAGAGGAUUGGGUGGGUGGUGAAGGAAAAGGAUGCAGCAAGGGAGGAGUCGAGGCCGGAGGGAAAUGAGGAGAGGGGGGGUUUGGGUGAAGAGUGUGCUCAGGUUACGAAUGGGAGUAGAGCAGUGGAAGGGCGAGAAGGUCAAGCUCAAGAAGCGCAAGCAGGACGAGCAGGUUUGGAGGGACGUAAUGGAAAGGAGCAUGUAGUGAGCGAUAAGGAGGGAGCAGAAGCGGAGGAGGCUGAGGAGGGCGAGGAGGUUGAGGAGGGCGAGGAGGUUGAGGAGGAGGAGGAAGAGGAGGAAGAGGAGUUCCUGAUUGUGGCAACAGAUGGUGUCUUUGAGCGAUUGAAACCGUGCCAGGUGUGCGGCAUAGUGGGCAGGGCGAGACGGGCCCAGAGGGGGAAGGAGAGACGGAGAUUGGGGGGGAUAGGGGCGAGCAAGGAGCGACCUGGCAGAAGGAGGAGGAGUGGGAGAAGCACUGGUAGGGAUGAUGGUGAUGAUGGUGGGGGUUGUGAUGGUGAUGAUGCUGGUGAUUGCAAUGGGGAUGACGAGGGGGAGGAAGAAGACGCAGAGGAGGAGGAGGAUGAGGAGGAUUGGGUGCUUGACAGUGCGGCUGCUGCUGCAUCUGGCGGUGGGAGUGAGAGCACAGAGGGGUCGCUGCUCCAGGCCAUUCCUCUGUCGAUAGGGCAGCAGGAAGGGGAAGAGCAUGGAGCUCUUGCUGUGGUGAGUGGGAAAGGGCAGUCAAUAGUGCCUGAGGGGGCACAGGAGAGUGCUCAGGGAAAAUCACAGCUGCCGGUGAAGCAGCAGGGGCACUUGGAAACGGCAAGGCAGCAGCAGCAGGGGAGGGAGCAGCAGCAGCAGAAGCAGUUGAUGGUGCAGCGGGGGCAGCUGCCGUACUGCCGGAUGCUACAGGGCGUGGAGCAGGGUCCCCUCAUGUGUGUGCACAGGGAUAGUGGAGAGGAAGGAUCACAACUGGCACUUGCCUGCUGGCCAGAGGGCCAGUGCAGUGCUGAGGGGAAGUGCAGUUUUGAGAGUAAGGCUGAGGGGGUAUGCAGUGGUGAAAGUGGGUGCAAGGUUAAGGGGGGAUGUACACGGGGAAGUGCAGUAGCGGCAAUUGCUGAUGGGGGGGCACAGCAGGUAGAGGGAGGGCAGGCGGUUGCAGUGAGUGAAAAGCAGCCCCAGGCGGUGCAGCAGCAGCAGCAGCAGCAGCAGCAGCAGCAGCAGGAGAAAGGGCAGGCACAGGGACAGGUGGCAGUGAGACGCGAGAGUGGAUUGGUGGAGGCGAGGAGGUGGGAGGGAAGGGACCCUGCGAAGGUGUGUUGGGAGGAGAGUGGUGAGAGGAGAGCAGUGGUUGAGCUGGCAGAGAGGAUCACUCGAGAGGCCAUCAAACGAGGCACUCUGGAUAACGUGGCUGCUGUCCCGCAGAGCAGUCAACCUCUGAUGCCACCCGCCACUACCUCUGCAUCCUUGCCUCCCAAGAACCUUGCUUCGAUCUCUCACGGUCCUGGAUCUCCAGAGCCUUCUUCUGUCUCUCACCGUCCGCAUUCUCGACUCCUUGCACUGCAAGCAAGGCCCUCAGCUUCUGAGGCGCCUCAAAACUCGUCUCCACACCUCGCCUUGCAAACAAGUUCCUCCACAGCUCCAUUAUUGGUGGUGCCAGUGCAGCAGCAGGAGCCCACUCUGCCCUCUGAGGCACCUUCACAGCAUGCGAAUGCAAACCACCCAGCAGCAUCCAGCAUCAUCCCCACCGCUCAUUGCUACGAGCUGCUCAAGCCCCUUCCGGUUGCUGCUGCUGCGUCUCGCCCCUCCCUGGUGCCUCUUCGGCGUGACCGCGCCUGGCAGAAGUCUCCUCAGUACCUCGAUGCUGGUCCCAGAACAGGGCGUGUUAGGGAGGCUCAGCAUAGCCCAGCCCUUCCUGCUGCUGAUGCUGCUGCGUCUCGCCCCUCCCUUGUGCCUCUUUGGCGUGACCGCGCCUGGCAGAAGCCUCCUCAGUACCUCGAUGCUGGUCCCAGAACAGGGCAUGUUACAGAGGCUCAGUAUGGCCCUGCCCUACCUGCUGCCUCCUCCUCCCAUCCCAAACCUGUAGCAGGCAGUACUGCAGCGGCUGUGUCUGCUUCUGUUGUUCCAACCGUGAACAACCAGAAGAGCAGCAGCAGCAGCAGCAGCAGCAGCAGGGAUGGUGAUGGCUCGGUGCCGCUGCUCCUGCCAGGCCUCCCUCACAAGAGUGACACAUGGAUUGGAAAGGAGCGGGGAGGGAGAGAAACUUUGGUGGUUGGGGGACGGGUGGAGGAUAGGGGGGUGGUGAAUGAAGGGAGUGUCAAGAAGGUUAUCGAGGAAAAGGAGGAGAUGGGGGAGGGGGGUUUGAAGGAAGAGAGAGGUGUGGAAGGGGACGAAUGGGGGGAUGUACGUGCUACAGAAGAAUUUCGCCAGGGGGGGAUUCGGAGAGGUGUGGCUGGCUGUGAGGAGGGACCCUUGCCACCGGCCCUCCAGUUCCCGGCGGCCCUCCAGUUCCCGGCGGCCCUCCAGUUCCCGGCUGCCCUCCCGGCUGCCCUCCAGUUCCCGGCUGCCCUCCAGUUCCCGGCUGCCCUCCAGUUCCCGGCGGCCCUCCAGUUCCCGGCUGCCCUCCAGUUCCCGGCUGCCCUCCAGUUCCCGGCUGCCCUCCAGUUCCCGGCUGCCCUCCAGUUCCCGGCUGCCCUCCAGUUCCCGGCUGCCCUCCAGUUCCCGGCUGCCCUCCAGUUCCCGGCUGCCCUCCAGUUCCCGGCUGCCCUCCAGUUCCCGGCUGCCCUCCAGUUCCCGGCUGCCCUCCAGUUCCCGGCUGCCCUCCAGUUCCCGGCUGCCCUCCAGUUCCCGGCUGCCCUCCAGUUCCCGGCUGCCCUCCAGUUCCCGGCUGCCCUCCAGUUCCCGGCUGCCCUCCAGUUCCCGGCGGCCCUCCAGUUCCCGGCUGCCCUCCAGUUCCCGGCUGCCCUCCAGUUCCCGGCUGCCCUCCAGUUCCCGGCUGCCCUCCAGUUCCCGGCUGCCCUCCAGUUCCCGGCUGCCCUCCAGUUCCCGGCUGCCCUCCAGUUCCCGGCUGCCCUCCAGUUCCCGGCUGCCCUCCAGUUCCCGGCUGCCUGCACAUCCCCCACCCACUGCUGCGAAAGCAGCAGUGAGCUUGUGAGGGAACAUGAGGGAUUGCAGGAUUCAGAGUGGCAAGGAGAGGAACAGGUGGAGAGCGAGGAGGAGGAGGAGGAGGAGAAGGAGAGGGAAGGGUGGGAGGUGAAAGGGGAAGGGGAGGAGGUGAAAGAGGAAAGGGGGAAAGUGGAAGGGGAAGGGGAGGAGGAGGAAGAGGAGGAGGAGGAGGAACGGAAAGGGGAAGGGGAGGUGGGAGAGGAGGAAGAGGAGGAGAAGGAGGAAGAAGAGGUGGAAGCCCCACCACUGUUCGUGCUCAAGCGACUUCUGGCGGGGGAGGGGGCUCGACUGAGUGGGCUGCGAGAGAAGUACUUUGGGGAGAUGCUCCUCAACGCGACCAAUCUGGUGCUGCCACGUGGCACCCGUCGUCAUGGCAGAGGCAACAAGAUGGACAGUGCUAUUCGUGCCGCUGAAGUUCUUGCGGGCAACGUGGAUGGUGAUGUGGAUGCUGACGUGGAUGCUGACGUGGAUGCUGACGUGGAUGAUGAUGUGGGCGAUGACAUGGACAGCAACGUGGUGGAUGAUGUGGAAGAUGAACUGGUGGAUGCGAUGGGUCUGCAUCAUAUCGCACGCUACGUGGAAUCAUUCGAAACCACUAUUGCCAGUGGCGGCCUUGGCGCCGGUGGUAGCAGCGAUACCCCCACCAGCAACGCCAGUGACAGCGGUAGCAUUGAUAACUCCACCACCAGUGGUGAUGCUGAUGCUGACGUUGGCGCAGUUGGCAAUGAAGGGCGGAGAGAGGAGCAGCGGGAGGAGGCGAGCAAGGAGCAGAAGAAGGAUUUGUGGCUGGUGUUUGUGCACGAGGGGGUGUCGCUCUCUUCCCUGCUGUACUCGAGUGAUGCUGAUGGGGAGGGAGGCGAAGAGAAGGAGGAAAAAUCUGAGGAAGGAGGGCAGGAAUGGGAGGGAACGGAACAAGAGGGGGGAGAGAAAGGAGUCGGGGGAAACGAGAAGAGCGGGCAGCCGCAGGCGAGUGGGGAGCAUGUAAGUGGGCAGCAGCAGCAGGCAAAGAGCGGGCAGCACAGCAUGAUGAGGCCGUCAAGGUGGUGGCGAUGGCUGCGCUCCACAGAGGAGGGCGAGGAGACAGUGAGGAGCAUCCUGAGACAGACGGUAACACCUCCCGCUCCAUCUAAGACCUCCCUGUCCAGCGCAGAGGAAACAGAGCUCUACUCGCCUCCCGAAGUGCUGCUGCUGCCGCAGAGCCUCCCCAGUGCUGGAGAUCCAGGGGAAGGAGCGGACGCAUCCGGAGAAGCAGGGGCAGCAGCAGGGGGAGGUGCGACUGGGGGAGGCGCAUCUGGGGGAGGUGUUGACUGCACGAAGAACAGCUCCAGCAGCAGCUGCUUCCACAUCAACAGCCGCAUGCACUACGGCUACGACAUGUGGAGUGUGGGGGUGCUAAUGCUGGAGCUUCUCUUUGGCUCGCCGCACGUCUGGUCUCUCCCCCCUCGCACCCAGGCGCUGCUAGAUCGUUCCCUGCAAGCAGCCCAAUGGCCCGAGUCCACCCGGCGAACAGCCUUCCUCUUGCGUGCGUGGAUGGAGCUCUGCAUCUUCACGCCUGCAGUCUUUGAAGCGGCGCCAAGCGAGGGGGCUUCUGCAGCAGGGGAGGAGGAGGAGCCAUCUGUAGCAGCACACGAGGAUGCGCCGUUUGUAGCAGGGGAGAAGGAACGGCCAUCUGUAGCACAUAAAGAGGAGGGGACUCCUGUAGCUGGAGAAGAGGAGGGGGAGGUGAGGAAGGAGGAGGGUAUAGAGGCCGGGGGAGCCGUGAAGAGCAGGGGUGUGGGUGACUUACUGAGGCUGAGCCAGCCCCAUGUGGAGCAUGCCCAUCCCCAGGGAUGGUCUGUAGCUGGUGCCCACCCUCUGGGAGUGGCUGCAUCUAGCACAGCCAGUGACAAGGGCCGCACUGCUGAGAGCAGCAGCGGCAGCGGCAGCGGCAGUGGCGAAGAGGGCGAUGCCUACAGUGCGGCUGGAGAGGAGAGCGAGAUUAGGCAGGGCGAUGACCGGGUGCGUGGUGGUGGUACUGCUGCUUCUGGUAGCAGCAGCAGUGCUAGUGGCCGUGGCAGCAGCAACAGCAGAGGCAGCAGUAGCACAGACAGCAGCAGCAGCAGCAGCAGCAGCAGCAGCAGCAGCAGCAGCAGCAGCAGCAGCAGCAGCAGCAGCAGCACUGGUGGUGGUGGUGGCAGCAGCAGUGGUGCAGGGGGGUGGAGUGUGGUUGCGCCGUGGGAGUGCAGCGAAGCAAGCAUUGCCGCACAGCUGAAGUUGAGGGACCCGCUCAAGAAAGGGCUGCCCAGCAUUUGGGCCCUGCGACUGCUGAGGCGUCUGCUGCAAUGGUACCCUGGGGACCGGAUAACUGCGCGUGAGGCUCUGCAGCAUGCCUACUUUCGACAGGAAGCACCUC